AUGGCGACGUCCUACAAGAAAACACCCGUUCGCUUGCCCAGUGAAUUCGGAGAAACAUACUCGCGAGAUAAGACGUACUGGCAAAAUCUUGAGUUUCCCAUUACAGUCAAAGAAUACAGUGCUAUAAGCAAUAUACACUACUCACCUGUUGAACCUCAUAAUUAUGCUGCGACAAGUUCAUCCAGGGUUCAGAUUUAUAGUCCACAAACAGAUGAAGUGGUGAAAACCAUCUCUCGAUUCAAAGACACAGCAUAUUGUGGAUGUUUCCGAAAUGAUGGCAAACUACUGAUUGCUGGUGGAGAGGAAGGUCUUGUCAGAUUGUUUGAUCUUGGUAGCCGAUCCAUUCUCAGAACUUUCACUGGUCAUCAGAGGCCUGUCCACGUUAAUAGGUUUACAUCAGAUAACGUCCACAUUAUUUCGUGCAGCGACGACAAGACAGUCAAAUAUUGGGAUAUUCCAAACGAAACAGAAAUCUCACAUUUUGAGGAACAUACUGACUACAUCCGAUGUGGCAUUGUUAGUUCUACCAGUAAUGAUUUAUUAUUAACAGGUUCAUAUGACCAUACUGCGAAAUUGUUUGAUUUCCGAACACAGAGCAGCGUGUUGUCUGUGGAUCAUGGCCAACCAAUAGAGUCUAUAAUUAUGUUUCCAAACUGUAGCAUGUUCCUUACUGCAGUAUCCUGUGAUCACCACAAGAAAGCUGUGGUUAAAUACGCCAAUAUUGUUGUAUUCUGUAGUAUUUCACAUGUUCAGAUAUAUGAUUUGACGACAUAUAAAGCCGUACAUAGUUUGACAUACCCUGGUUCCAUUCUCAGCAUGGCAUUGUCGCCUGAUGAGAGAACCUUAACUGUCGGUAUGUCAGAUGGUCUGCUCAGCAUCCAACACAGAAAAGACGACAAAACAGAGCUGCCUCGAAAAAAAAAUGCAUCACAGCGUAAUUAUCGAUUCUUUGUAAGAAAUAAGCCGAUAUACGAGACGUCAAAGCGGUCUCACAGGUUGUCAAAUCCAGCCAUUGUGGUAAGUGUCCUGCAGGAAUUAAUCAGGCGUAAUGGUUUACAAAUAGCUCUAGCUGGUCGCGAUGAAAAGUGGUUGAAGAUAAUGUUGAAGUUUCUUCAAAAGAACAUCACCAACACAACUUUCAGCACUACGUUAUUAGACGUUACUAAUCAAGUUGUUGACAUAUACGGUCCAACUAUAGCAGAGUCUCCAGACACAGCUUCUUUAUUUCAAAGUCUUCAUAAUAAAGUAGAGAAAGAAUUGCAGUUCCAAGAUGGUUUAUUUGAAGUGAUGGGAAUGCUAGACGUCAUCUUAGGUUCAGCAAGCACACAGGUGGAGUCAAGUGAUAAAACAGAUAUAGACAUUGGAUGGAAUAAUAAUGUAGAUAAAAUGAUGGUUGAUGCGUAGUUAAAUAAAGAUUGAUUUUAUUUAUUAAA